AUGCAGAUUAUAGCAUUUGAUGAGCUGAAGACUGAUUACAAGAAUCCUAUAGACCAGUGUAAUACCCUGAAUCCUCUUGUACUUCCAGAGUACCUCAUCCAUGCUUUCUUCUGUGUCAUGUUUCUUUGUGCAGCAGAGUGGCUUACACUGGGUCUCAAUAUGCCCCUCUUGGCAUAUCAUAUUUGGAGGUAUAUGAGUAGACCCGUGAUGAGUGGACCAGGACUGUAUGACCCUACAACCAUCAUGAAUGCAGAUAUUCUAGCAUAUUGUCAGAAAGAAGGAUGGUGCAAAUUAGCUUUUUAUCUUCUAGCAUUUUUUUACUACCUAUAUGGAGGCUAUAACUUUGAAAUUGAGUACCCUUCUGUGUAUCUACAGAUGUUGUUUGUGUAUGAAACAGAUACUGAAUAG